UGCAGAGGCGCUAGAGAGGAGGAAAGAGAAGGCUGCUUGGGGGGCUCCUGUCCCUUAGUAUUGCUCAGGACAGCGAGAGGGGAGACUGUGGCGCUGCUAGGGGCAGGACUGCAGUAAACGGUCUAUUCUUCUUAAAUUUACACACUCUCGCGUCCUCGCGCAUCUUCACGCCGAGGUGGUCUUCAUUAAAGCAACCCCUCAGCCUGAUGGCUUCUGCUCUGAACAGCAAGAUUCACCAGCCAGGAGCAUGCAAUGGCUCCAAGACAGCUCAGCGCAGUGGCGGCGGCUCGAGAGAGGAGUACACCCAGGAGAUCCACGUGAAAAUGUGUAAGAAGAUCGCCCAGCUCACCAAGGUGAUUUAUGCCUUAAACACUCGCAGUGAUGAAUUUGAAGCCAGCGUUGAGGCCCUCAGAGAAGCUCACCAGGAUGAACUUCAGAGCAUCGUAGCUGAGACCAAGGCCAAGCUCCUACAGGACCAGAGCAGUGCAUUAGAACAAGACCUUCAAAAGCGCGUUCACUCUCUGGAAAAUGCCCUGGAAGAGCAGAAGAGGCUGACGGAGGAAGCUCUGGCAGAGUCGGCCAUCUAUAAGAAGCAGACAAAAGAGAGAGAGCUGAGAACAGAGACUGAACAUGCUGAGAGGAUCAUCUCUCUCUCCAAGGAAAUGCUUGACCUCAAAGCUGACUUUGAGAAGAAACUCCAGCACAGAAACCAAGAGUCCUCUGAGAGCCCCCAGAGUGAAGGCAGGGGGAUGGCAAAAGAGGACCCCAACACGGAGGAGGAGGUGGCUCAGAGCCACAGUGAGGAGAUUCACAAGGCACAGAGAGAAUUAGAGAAGCUCCGAGCAGAGAACCAGCAGCUUAGCAAGGACUAUGCUCUGAAAGCCAAGCAGCUCCAGGCCACAUAUGAGAGAGAGAACGAAGCCAUCAAAAAAGCCAUGCAGCAGUCUGUGGCUGAAGCCUUGACACGGUGGCAGCAGGAGGAGGCUGAAUUGAGGAAGGGUUUUCAGGUCCAAGAAAUGGCUCUGCAGGCCCAAGUGAAGAGGUUGGAAAUGGAUUUGCAGGCUAAGUGCCAGAGAAUAAGUGACUUAAAGAAGUAUUCCCUCAAGCUAAAGGAAAAGAUUCAGGACUUGGACAUCCAGCUCAGGACAGCACAGAGAGAAAGCCUGGAAUCCAAAAACACUGCGAAAAUACUUGGGGAGAAACUAGCUAUUGCAACAGAAAAACUCAUGUUGCAGGAAUGUCAGAUCUUACAGGAAACAGAUGAGAUGAAGACUUUACUCAGCUCCCAGAAUGAGGCAGAUGUCUUCAAAGUUCCCAACUUUUGUCUUCAGCAAGAACAGCUGUCCAUCCCAGAAUGCACAUGUGCCAAAAGGUUUGAAGAUGCCCAGACCAAGGAAGUUGGUGCUGUUUUUGAGAGAGAAUAUAUGAAGCAAAAACAUGCAGUAGAGCUCCAAAAAAUCAAGCAUCAGACAGAAGAAGUGAAAACACAUCUCAAAGAACAGCUGGUAAAGGGACUGGAAGACCUGGUGAAGAAGCACAGCUUAGAAAUCAAAUCAACUCAGUCAUCCAAGGAAGCAGAAAGAAAGAAGCUACAAAAGGAGGUUCAAAAACAGUUAGAAGAAAUGAAGAAGAAAUCUGAGAAUGAAAUAAAACGACUGGAAGAAGAGAAAGCAACCUUGAAUAUGAAGCUUCAGGAUUCUUUGCUUGAGGAACAAUGCUUCAAACAGAAUGAGCUUUCUAAAACACCACCUGAAGGAAGAAAAUGCCAAGAACAAUUAGGGGCAAAAAUAGAAACCAACAAGGAAGAGGAAGAAAGGUUGGAAAGAUCCUGCAGACAGAAAGAGUAUAAACAGACUCCCAUCCUAAAAGAGGAAGCAUCCCAGACCCAGACUUUCCCAGAAGAUUGGCAGAAUCAGAGAGCCAGUUUGCAAGCACAGAUUUCCCAGAUGAAGAAGGCUCUGGAGCAGUCUGCCCACAACUACAGAGAAGACCUGCAGGAGUUGAAGCAACUAUCUGACAAAGAACGGGAGAAGCUUUUCCAGGAACUUCAAGAUUACAUCAAACAAAGCCAAACUCUUAAAGCCCAGCUGGAGGCCUCCCAUCAAGAAGCCCUAAAGGUCAUGGAAGACACCAAAAACCAAGAGCUGAAGGAGGUAGAGGAGCGCCUGAAGAAAGAAUAUAGCCACUCUUUCCAGAUUCAGCAUCAAUCUCACCAACUGGAACUCCAGGCCUUGGAAGAAAAGGCAAGCAAAGACCUUCAGGGGGAACGCGAGAGGAUACAGAGACAGCAGGCUCUCUUGCUAGAUUCCCUGAGGCUGGAGUUAUCAGAGCAGCAUGCAUCCUUCAUCAGCCAACAGAAGGAAAUAGAGGAACUUGAGACCGAGCUGAAGAAUCUGAGAGGACUGAAGAAACAGCAGGAAGGAAGUAGCCAGAGCCAGAUCAACUCUCUUACUGGGGCAGUGGAGAAGUGUCAGAGGGAGAUGGCUGGUCUUAAGAAUGAGAAUUCACUUCUGAAGGAAACAUUACAGCUGCUCAGCACAGAGGCUGAAAUGCAAAAACAAGGGGCCAUACAGCUGCAGGAGAGGGAAAGGCAGCAGCGAAGGUUGCUGGAAGAAGACCUUCAAGUCAAGCACAAACAAGAAAUGGAAACCUUGAAACAAGAUCAUAGGAAAGAAAUCCAAAGCAUGGUGUCUGAUUUCAGCAGCACCCAGGCUCACCUUCAGAAGAAGAUCGUCUCCUUGGAAACUGACCUUAAAGAUGCAGAAGAGAAACUACGGAAAUGGGAAUCCAGACCAGAAGAUUUACACCUCAUAAGCAUUUUGCAGAACAGAUUAAGUGAACGAGAAGAAAUCAUCAAACAGCUAACGGAGGAAAGAAGAUUUCAGUGUGCAGCACUGCCAAACACUCUCUCUCAUCGGAAUAGGUCCUUUUCUUUCAACCCUCAUCCAGGAUAUUUGACCCCUUCCAUGAAGAAAAAGAAAAUGGAGGAAGUUCCCAGCCGGGUUGUCAGUGUGCCAAACUUAGCCUCCUAUGCAAAGAAUUUACUGAGUGGUGAUUUGAGUUCCAAGAGAAAUGCUGCACCAAUAACCAAAUCACCAAGCUUAGACCCAAGCUCCAGCUGUGUUAGGUCUGGUCAUCAACCAGGCAAAUCUCCAGAUGCUAAAACUGCCACAAGAACUGAAGACAAUGAAAUAACCCAAGCCAAAGAAGUCCAAAAACAAGGUUCUCAGCAUCAGGAAUGGUUUACGAAAUACUUUUCAUUUUAGACUGAACCCCAAAAGAUGGCAUGAGAAAAGAAUUUUUUUUCUUCAAAAAUGUUCAAUUUAGGGAGUGGACUAGAAAAAACGAUUAUUUUUGCUAUGUAAUUAAACCUCAUAGCUUAACAGUUUUAGGAUUAAUAUUCUGAGUCCACUAAGGAAAUUCUUUAGAUCAAGGUAAGAUCAUUCUUCCUGCUUGAAUACUGUAAUAGAUCAUUCAUUUAUCGUUAACAAAAAGCACUCACAGGAAAACUUUCCAUGAGUUAUGUUAUAUUUUUGGUGUUCACCAACCUUUGAGUACCAGUCUUUGUGAAUUCUGUAAAUUGGCUCUACACACGGUUUUGUUGGUCCAGAGGUAAAUAUCUGACUUUUAGAAGAGUGAUUCACUAGAAAUGUUUUUUCUGUAAGAUAACGUAUUUCCUGGGGAAUAUAUGUCAUCAGUAGCAAAAGGGAUAAAAAAAGUUUUCAUUGAUAGGAAGCUGAUAGGCAUACAGACUUUAGAUCCAUUCAUUUCAUUGUGGCCUCACUGCAUGGUACUUCUAUAGAUUUAAAGAAGAGCUCUGUGAUUUAAAGAGUAAAUGGAUUUUGGUGAAUCAGGUUCCAUUUGAACCAGUGGACUGCUUCAUCAUAUUAGAUGUACUAAUUUUUACAAACUCUUAGUUUAUUCAUUAAAUUCAUUUAACCCUUGGCAGAACUAUGGGAUUUGACAGGACCCAAUACAACUCUUAUGAUACAAAAUAAUCUCAGUCCUUUGGUGCUAGCCCAAGUGGUGCUCCAGGAAAACUCCAAUAGGUCUUGUUUACUCUAUGUACAGUGUUAUUUGCUGAGAUAACAAAAAUUCCUGUACUGCCAGUUUUAAAAUUUUUGCUCUGAAUAAAGCCAACAACUGAUCAGUCAAAA